AUGCAUAAUCUCCGUGAUUCGCUGCUCAGCCCUUCGCCACGAGGCACCCCUCACCUCACCACAUCAGAAGCUUUUCGGAUAGACCAGGAGGACACGCGUCAGUGCAUCGCUCGGGGAGAAUUCAAGGAGAUUCGGAGCGCGGCCUUCAGUAACCGAACCUGGAUCACCACCUCCCGAUACUGCGAGCUUGGAGAUGGUGUGGAUUCCCUCGAAGAGUACAUUCAUUCCAUGUGGUAUAUGUACUACCAGCUCGGUCGGAAUAUCUCGUACGAAACGCCCGACCACGAGGGUCUUGUCCUCGACAUCGUCCGCAUUCAAGGAAUGGGACCGCUCACUCGGCCCGUGCGAGGAAAUUACGGUGUUGAUAUCGCACGAACUGCCGAAGGCACACUGUGGAAUGAUCUGCCCUUCUUGGCCACCGACAUGACCAACUUCUGGAACAGCGACUUCCCGACGAUGUCGGGUACACACCGACUCAACUUUGCGACUUUCCUGGCCAAACUGGCAUCAACUCGCGUCGGCAAGGAUAGGUUGUGCCAGAUUGCCCUCAUUCUAUUCCGCAAUCUGUUUGAGGAGAGACAGGGACUUCGCAGCGGGGAGGAGUCGGAUGAUGAAGAUCCAAAGCGAAGCAUGCAUCAGCUUGAAAUUUUUCACUUGUUGCCAGCUGCCGUGGCUUGGCUCCGCCAUACAGGCCACAAUCUUAUUCUACUCUCAGAGGUCUAUUGGAACGAUUGCCCCAGUAUCAUCAGCAAGGGUGGCGAGAUGUUCAUUGAGUCAGAGCUUGGGCAGCGAUCACCCACUGGAUUCUCGCCAUGGAGAUACAUAUACUGGCUCAAGCGACUCCAUGAAAUCCAGGAGGAGGCCAAAGAGGCCAAAGAGGAACUCUUAGAAGAGUACGCCACCGAUGCCAUUGACUACAUGCUCAACAAACUCGUGCAACGAAACUCUGAAAUUUUAAGGGCAUACCAGAACGGUGGAGAUGCCUUGCAUCAGGAAAAACAUCUGCUUUGCCUGAAGAGUCUUUUGAAGAGUGAAGCUACGGAGAAUAAAGACUCGAAGGAUGACUCGAAGGAUGGCGUAAAAUAA